AUGGCGGGCUGGACGUGCUGCCGGGUGGCCGCCGUGUCCUGCCUGGUGCUCUGCCUCUCCCUCCUCCUGCCGCGGACAUUCCUGCCCCGGGGCGGCGGCCGGCAGGAGCCCGGGGCCGCGCCGCACGCAGCGCCCGCGCCGCCCGACGGGAAGCUUGGUCGCUUUCCACUGAGGAUGCAUUCCCACGCCACUCCUGACGGCCAAGCUGCCCCUCAUUUUCCGAGGUCUCACCUUGCUGAAGCAGUUGCCAAAGCUAAGGCAGGUGGAGGUGGUAGUGGAAGCGCUGGUGGAACUGGGAGAGGUCUUGUGGGGCAGAUUAUCCCUAUAUAUGGAUUUGGCAUCUUCUUAUAUAUCCUGUACAUUUUAUUUAAGCUGGCUUCCAAGGGAAAAACUACUCCUGCAGAGCGGAAAUGCCCGGCUGCUACACCUGGAAACAUGAAGAGGAAAAUUACUGACUAUGAGCUCACUCAACUCCAGGAAAGACUGAGAGAGACAGAAGAAGCUAUGGAAAAAUUAAUCAACAGAGUAGGACCUAUGUAUGACAGCGGGACUCAAAAUGUUACAACAGACCAGGAAAAAAUGUUGCUUCAACAACUCCGAGAAAUAACCAGAGUUAUGAAAGAAGGAAAAUUCAUAGAUGACAUCUCUCCUGAGAAGGAAGCUGAAGAAGCUCCUUACAUGGAGGAUUGGGAAGGUUAUCCAGAAGAGACCUAUCCUGUCUACGAUAACUCCAACUGCUGCAAGCGCAAACAGGACACAAUCCUUGUGGAUUACCCUGACCUGAGCCAACCCUCUCCAGAAGAGCUGGCAGAAAGAAUGGAGGGCAUGGAAGAUGAGGAGUAUCUUUGUGAUGAAACCCAGCUAACUGAUCUCACCACGGGAAGGGGUGGUCAGAAUUUAACGCAGAAAAAGGAUGAGGCGACUCUCAUUGGUGAAGAGAAGGGGAACCUUCGUCACAGCCAAAGCACUGAGGACUGCUGCUGCUGUUAUGGGGAUGAUCCUGCUGUCAUAGCAGAGAAUGCUGGAUUCCACUCUGAGAGCUGCAGUGAAGCAGAAGAGACAACCCAAGAGGACAUGUCUGUGGAGUCAGAAAAUGAAAAUGCAGCACUAGAAGAGCAAAAAGCCAGUGAUGCAGAUGAAACAGGCACACUGAGAAAGCGUAACACGAAAGGGUUUGAUUGAUAGGGAACAUAGUGGAUGUUACCUGGAUGGUAAAGGUAGAGGUCAUAAACUGUCAUUUGUGUGGCUUUUGUUCCCAAUGAGGACUUCCCUAUGUUCAUGUCCUUGUACAAAUUUAAUUCUCGUGGUACCAGUCACAUCAUCUAUCUGAACUGGAAGCCAAUGCCCUCUUUCAUGCACUCUCGUCAUGGGUUACCAUGAUGUUGCCAACAGCGCUUUGUCCUUGAUUUUUGAAGCCUGGUAUCUCGGAGCAGAUAUUUGUGACUCUUUCCAGUUCCAAAGGAACAGUCCUUGGUUUUGCCGUUUGUCAUCCCAGAGUUAACCAAAUGUCUCUUUUGACUUUUUGAAAAAUAUCUGUGUGCUACCAGUUAGGAAAAUUAAUCAAAUUCUUGUGUGUGUAUAUAUAUAUAUACAUAUAUAUAUAUAUAUAUGAGUGUACAGGAUGCUGGAGGAGAAAGUAUGCCUUCUUUCUUUUACCUGAAUGUUACCUGAUCAGCAGAACAGAUCACAGUCACACACAUGACUUUCUCAAUUGUCAUUGCUGCUGUACACCCAAGAAACUGUUGUCACUACAACCCACAAAACCCAUAUGCUACCCCAACCCACAGCCCAUUUCCCAGUUAUUUUGUGUUGCAGGAACAGUGGCCUAAUCCACGUUGUGUUACUUGUGUGAGCCAGACUGAAGUGCUGUGAGUUGUUCUUUAACUUUGCCAUAGGUGUGGUGAAACUCCCAGGCGAGAGCAGGAAGUGGACUAUAUAAUAUGUGAGAGCACUAAAAAUAUCCCUAGAGAUUAAAAAAACAAAAAAAGCAGUGUUAAGGUUUGUCUAUAAAAACAGAGAACAGCAUGAGGGUGCCCCCUAGACUGAACCCACCCUUCUUUCUGGAAACCUGUGGGGUUUUUUAACUCUUGGAAUGUUGUUGCCACUGUCUUGCUGAGGGGACCCCAGGUAUGGGAUGAGGACAGUGCUGGAGCGACAGGCUCACAAGGGGAAGUUGGGUGGUCCCUGUGCCCAAGGGACAACCUUUCUCAUGCAAGCAACACGGCAGGUGGGAGUGAGCCCCAGGAGAGGAGCCCUCAGCCUCCUCCUUCUCCAAUGUUUCAGCGUUUUUCAGGCCACAGGCCCAUCACAACCAAACCCUGAUGUACGGGGCCACACUCAGCCCCAGUCACAACUGACAUCACAGUGGCUUGGUUGUGGUGUCACAUCACCUCACUGCUCCGGCACUGUAAAUGCAGGGCCCCUGAUGAAUACCUGGAAGGAAGAGGAGCUGGAGCAGCAGGGUGGAUGGCUGCCUACCUUCAUGCAGGACAGGAACACAGGGCCACUUCCCGUGAUGGCAGAAGAGGAAGGCAUGUGCCAGGAGGCAGCAGCAGAGGCAGCAGAGGAGGGGGAACAAAAUCACGCCUCUCUCGAGAGCGCCGUCGCCCUCGCUUCCCUGGUCAAGGCCAUGCAGAGCUUGGUUCUGUGCCCAGCAGAGGACAUUGUGCAGCCCAGGGAUAUCGGCAUGCAAGGGAGCAGCCGGAGCAGUGAUGUGGGUGACUGCCAACCUUCACGUGGGACAGCAAAGAGACGCUUCCCACGGCCACCAAAGAAGAAGUCAUCUCCCCUGGGCCUGAAACAUGGCAAUCGACGAUGCAGGAGGAGGAGAAGGAGGAGGAAGAGGACAAAGAAGGGGAAGAGGAGGAGCAUCAGCCCUUGCACCCUGAGAACCAUUGCCAACACUCAGGCAACAACAUCCAGCGCACAGCUCUGGGAACACCGGUGGCCCAACCUCCGCCGCACCUUCAUCACUCAAAAAUAAACGACAAGACAAAGAUAAAAA